GAGAUUUUAUCCUACCAACAUUUCAAAGAUCGUGGUUCACUGAACAUUUCAACUGGAGUGAUGACGAUCACAGGACUGACUCGAGACGACAGCGGCAUUUACACAGCUGAGAUCAACGGCAAAGAAACCAGCAAGACUAAACUCCUGGUUAUCUCUCCUGUCCCUAAACCCACCAUCUCUGUAUCGUGUGAGCCUGAGAUGACCUACUGUGUCUUCACCUGUAGUGGCAGCAUCACAGGUGCUGAACCAGUCACCUACUGGUGGACAGCAGAUGAAAAGAGGUGGAAUUCAACCAACCAGCACAAAAUAACAAAGGUAGAUAAGGAGCUGUGGUUCAGCUGUGAACUUGAAAACCCAGUCAGCUCCAUCAGCAGUGAAAAAGUCUUCAACCCCUUCAUAGAAAAACCACUCUACAAGAAAAUAGGUGACAAAGCUGUUCUCACACCAGACUCUGUGGAGAAUCCAAUCACCAGCAUAACAUGGAAACAUGGUGAUAAUAUUGCCAUGGUAUGGUAUGGAGACAAGCCUUCAUCCUACCAACAAUUCAAAGAUCGUGGUUCGCUGGACAUUUCAACUGGAGUGAUGACGAUCACAGGACUGACUCGAGACGACAGCGGCAUCUACACAGCAGAGAUCAACAUUAAAGUCAACAGCAAGACUCAACUCAUGGUUAUCUCUCCUGUCCCUAAACCCUCCAUCUCUGUAUCAUGUAAGAAAACCUACUGUGUCUACACCUGUGAUGGCAGCACCACAGAUGCUGAACCAGUCACCUACUGGUGGACAGCAGAUGAAAAGAGGUGGCCUUCAACCAAGGAGCUCAAAAUAACAAAGGAGGAUAAGGAGCAGUGGUUUAGCUGUGAACUUGAAAACCCAGUCAGCUCCAGCAGCAGUGAAAAAGUAAUCAACCUCUUCAAAAAAGAACUACUCUACGGGAAAUUAGGUGACAAAGCUGUUCUCACACCAGACUCUGUGGAGAAUCCCAUCUACAGAAUAGUGUGGAAACAUGGACCUAAUAUUGCCAUGCAGUGGUGGCAUGAAGAGACUUCAUCCUACCGACAAUUCAAAGAUCGUGGUUCACUGGACAUUUCCACUGGAGUAAUGACGAUCACAGGACUGACUCGAGACGACAGCGGCAUCUACACAGCAGAGAUCAACAAUAGAGUCCCCAGCAAGACUCUACUCCUGGUUAUCUCUCCUGUCCCUAAACCCUCCCUCUACAUAUCGUGUGAUCCUGAGAUGACAUACUGUGUCCUCACCUGUAGUGGCAGCACCACAGAUGCUGAACCAGUCACCUACUGGUGGACAGCAGGUAAAAAGAGAUGGACUUCAACCAACCAGCUCAAAAUAACAAAGGAGGAAAAGAAGAUGUGGUUCAGGUGUGAACUUGAAAACCCAGUCAGCUCCAACAGCAGUGAAAAAGUGUUUAACCCCUUCAUAGAAAAACCACUCUACAAGAAAAUAGGUGACAACGUUGUUCUCAGACCAGACUCUGUGGUGAAUCCCAUCAUCAGCAUAAGAUGGAAACAUGGACCUGAUAUUGCCAUGGAGUGGUAUCGGUAUGGAGGCACGAUUUUCUCCUACCAACAAUUCAAAGAUCGUGGUUCACUGGACAUUUCAACUGGAGUGAUGACGAUCACAGGACUGACUCGAGACGACAGCGGCAUCUACACAGUAGAGAUCAACAACGAAGUCAACAGCCAGACUGAACUCCUGGUUAUCUCUCCUGUCCCUAAACCCACCAUCUCUGUAUCAUGUGAUACUGAGAAAACCUACUGUGACUUCACCUGUAGUGGCAGCAUCACAGGAGCUGAACCAGUCACCUACAGGUGGACAACAGAUGACAAGAGGUGGACUUCAACCAAUCAGCACAAAAUAACAAAGGAGGAUAAGGAGGAGUGGUUCAUCUGUACACUUAAAAACCCAGUCAGCUCCAACAGCAGUGAAAAAGUGUUCAACCCCUUCAUAGAAAGAGAAGGUGAUCGGACAUGGAUCUACAUCUUAGUACCAGUAGUUGCAGGGAUUGUGGUUAUAUGCAUCAUCAUCGCCUGUUUCAUAUACAAAUGCAAAAAAGGGAAAACUGAUGGCUAUACAUUUACAGGUUUAUAUGAUAUUGUAAACCAGUUCUAUAAGCACAUUGGAGCCCCUGCUGGACUCUAUGGGUACACAAGGUGGAGCCUGAUGAGGAGUCCAGUAGAGGGCAGAGCAGGUGAGCUCCAGCUGUAA